CUUCAAUUUUCGAUUUCGCUAUAGCGAGUGCAAUCGUGAUCUGUGUGGUAAGGAAAGGAUCUGUGGUGGUGAUGGCCUUGACCAACUUCAUUCUCACGGUGGCGGGUGUGAGCGCCGUUGUACUACUGCUCAGGAGCGAUGUCAAACACUCUGCUACAAUCUUCAGACGCAACGUUCGCCAGAUUCGCCAAUGGCUUGAAGAAGAAUCCGCUUCUGCUUCCAAGGCAGCAGAAAAGGCAAAGCCAAAGGAAUUGGAAUCUCAAGUUCCUCAAAAAGAUGUGCCCAAGGAGGACAAGCACUAGUAAUUUGAGGGUAAAGAAAUGAAUAAUGGGAAGGAAGAAAGCUUACAGUCCUGAAUCUCGGACAUCAACUCUUCUUGUUACUCUGUUGGCCAACCCUUCAAAGUUUUUAUCCUUCACUUUUUAUUUGGGUGGGUGGAUUCGAAAAUCACAGUUGUAUAGAUCCCAAGUACUCGAGAUUUAUUUUUUUUUCU